AUUAUAAGUAAAUUGACAGCGCGCGAAAUUUUAACUUUUCCGACGAUCAUCGAAGGGAAGCAUGGAAUGUCAAGUGUGGCAUUUAGAACGGUACGCAAGAAUGACGUCACAAACGACGUCACUGGCCGUUGGUCAAGAUGGAUGGGAGUACUUUGAUAACAGGAAAGAAAAUCUAGAGCUGACUCUGACGACAAGCAGUCACCUUCUGAUCCACCACGGCAGACGACAACUGGAGAGUUUGGCACUGACUGGUGCUGAUUCGUGGAUUAAAGGUGUUAGCAAAGGCGACAGUCUAAUGGCUGUCAUGAAAGCUCAAAACCAGUCCAGAAGAUAUAGAGUCAAGUUCUCACCGACUGCACACAGUUCUGGUGAAGACAGCUGUCGCGCAUGUGUAGAGGGGCUCGUUAAGUAUUUCCCGAUUAAAAUUCCGGAAGUGAUUUGUUCAGGAACGACCUCAUCAGGAACACACUCGCAACAGGUUGGGGCCUCUCCUUCGAGCACGCCCGGAAAUGAUAAAACACUCGUAGGUGACGUCACACUUGGUCAAUUGGCAGAUACAAUGCGCACAAAAUCCACCAAGCUUCCGGACCUAUACGCUCGUUUAGGGGACGGGACCCAGUACGAUCUAGGGACACUUAUAAAGCUCUGUCUCGCGGAUGCCAGUUUUCCAGCUUUCGUUGGUCAAGUUGAGCAAGAACUUGAGAAAAUCCAAAGUGAAAGUACAUGAUAACAAGAACUGGCAUUUAAAACAAAGGGACACAUUCAGAUUAUACGAUGUACUGAUCGUUUAGGAUAGUAUGUCAGUUAGGCAGAUCAAUAUCAGCUUGCGUAUCAUUUGAUACAGUGAAAUAAUAAUCUAUUUAUCAAUAAAUUCGAAUAUGAUAACUGACACAUUAUCUUGAAUAAUUUAUAGUCAUAAUAUUUACAGUUUGAUUCAUAGUUUGUAUAACUGUUUGUAAAACUGAAUAUUCAUUA